AUGGGCAGCCGGACCGGGUCCCAGCUGCUGACAGGAGCAGCUGUGGUCCUCCUGGUGCUGCUGCAGGGCACACAGGCAGUCUACAUCAAGUACCAAGGCUUCCAGGUGCAGCUAGAAUCCGUGAAGAAGAUGAGAGAUUUGGAGCGGCAGCAGGCACCCAGCGACCGCCUGCAUGUAAAGAGCCUCCUGCCCUCCGUGUGCCAACACCCAGCUUUGCCUGGGGAUCUCCAGCCUAUCUGCACCUCCACGGACGCGGCCAGGAUCUUCGCGGCCUUGAAGACCAUUGCUAGUGAUGACUGUGAGCUCUGUGUGAAUGUGGCCUGCACGGGCUGCUUCUGA